CUUCCGAGAUGUCCCAGCAACACAAGUUGCCAGUAACUGCCCCAGCUGUGGUUCAGGAAUCCAUCAAGACUGUGUGUCCUCCAGCUCUUACCCAGCAGGAACAAACGAAGCAGGCAACUUCACAACCUGUGCAAUGGCAGAAGGUGUUCUCUGAGACCCAAGAAAAGGGCCCCACACAAGAAGAGGAGAAGGGCACAACCCCUUUGAAGGGGCUGCCUGAGCAAGAGUGUGAACAACAGCAGCAACAGGAACCACAAGAGAAGCAACUGUCUGGGAAAAAGUCACAGCAGGAGCUGCAGGAGCAGGAACUGCAUCUGAAGAAGCAGCGGCCAUCACAGGAGCCUCAGGGGCUGCACCUAGAAAAAUGUCAGCAAGAGCCACACGAGCAAGAGCUGCACAUGGGCCAGCACCAGCAUCAAGAGCCACAGAGACAGGGAUUGUGCCUAGGAGAGCAGCAGCAGCAGCAGCAGCAGCAGCAGCAGGACACACUGGAACCACAGCAGCUGAGUCUGAGGCAGAACCAGAAGGAGAAGCAGCAGCAGAAAAUUCCUGAGGAGCACGAACUGAUUCCAGGACAGAAGCAGCAGGAGCCACAGAAGCAGGAGCUGCAGCUGGGACAGAAGCAGCAGCAACAGGAGUCACAGGAGCUGCAUCUGAGACAGCAUCAGAACCAUAAGCAUUCUGAACCAGAACUGCACCUGGGAAAGCAGCAGGGUCGGGAGCCACAGGAGCCUGAAGUGCAUCUGGGAAAGAAUCAGGGUCAGGAGUCACAGGAGCCUGAACUGCACCUGGGAAAGCAGCAGGGUCGGGAGCCACAGGAGCCUGAAGUGCACUUGGGACAGGACCAGAAACAGAAGCAGAAACUGCAGGAGCCAGAACUGCAUCUGGGAAAGCAGCAGCAGCAGCAGCAAGAGACAGAACAUGAAGGUUAUCAGGGAACACAGAGUCUAGGUCAGUCACUUAAGCAAAAGAAAGCCUCGAGGGAGCAGCAUCCGGACGACUCACACCUAGAACAGGAGAAGGAGCUCUUGGACCAGCGACUGGAUCAAGACCCAGUGAAGAAAGAUGAGCAACUGGAACAGGAGAAUGAACCAGCUGGGCACUUGACACAGCAGGGGAAGCAGAUAGAGCAAGGCAUCUCAGGCACUGGCCAAGUGCAAGAGACUCAGCCAACCCAACCUGUGAAGAGAGACAGCUUGCCCACUACAGAGAAACAGAGGCAGAACUAGGAAGUACAGUGAUGCCAAAACUCAAGCAAACACCCCAGUGUCCCAAAGACUCUCCAAACAUCCCACAUCAGGGAAGAGAGCCAUCCGCCACACUUCCUUCAGAUCCCUGGCUCACACACUCAUCCAUGCAUCCAUAUGGCCUUGACCUUAUUCAU